UUAAGUAACCGUCACUUGACUAUCGUCCUAAUUCUAAACAUCUGUAGAACUCUGAAUAAAUGAAAAGUUUGCAUCGCUGCAAAAGAGUCGAUGUUUAAACCAGAAACCAGAAAGUACACUCGACCGCAUGCCAGUCAAUCCAAAUUGUCAGCCAUGAAGAGAGUUGUUCUUUUUAUCAACGGGACGGAUGUCAACGGCAAGGUAUUUAUGGUGACGCACUCUAUCGACGAGCUUCUAUGUGCAGCUAGUUUGAAGUUUGAAAUAUCCGCUAAAAGGCUGUUCACACCGCACGGCGGAGAAAUUGACGAUUUGAAACUCAUCAGGGAUGACGAUGUUUUGUACGUAUCAAGUGGUGAAGAUUUUAUUACGAAAAAGUCUAACAAAGAGCGAAGUUCGUCGAAUAAUAUGAGUUCGGAAUGGCUGACUUUGAACGUUGGCGGGAAAUAUUUCGUCACGACAAGGAGCACGUUGACCAACAAGGAGCCUAUGAGCAUGUUGGCUAGAAUGUUCUCCCAAGGCGAUGAUGACACCGGAUGGCGAAUACAACCAAGUGCCCAAGAUCAAAACGGAGCAUUUAUGAUCGAUAGAAGUCCAACGUACUUUGAACCGCUAUUGAAUUAUCUAAGGCAUGGUGAAUUAAUACUCGAAAAAAACAUAAACCCGGCAGGGGUUCUGGCAGAGGCGCGAUUUUACGGUAUAGAAGGUGUUUUCGAAAUCUUGGAGCCUAUGAUAGCGAAAUACAGUCCGGACGAAAAAGAAACGGCCCCAUUAACGCGCCGCGAUGUCCUCAGAGCUAUAUUAUCCACAUCCGCUCCUCACGAGCUUCGUUUCCAAGGUGUAAAUUUAGCUGGUACUGAUCUCUCGCGGCUUGAUCUUCGCAACAUCAACUUCAAGUACGCGAAUCUGCACGGCUGUCGCUUGUGCGGGACGAAUUUUUCCGGCUGUAAUCUGGAGCGUGCGGAUCUUUCGGGCAGCAACAUGGAAGGCGCUCAGCUUCUGAUGGUUCGAAUGCUUUGCGUCAAUCUCGAGGCGGCGUGUCUCAAGGGUUGUAAUUUCGAGGAUCCGACUGGUCUUCGGGCGAACCUUGAGGGGGCGAACUUGAAGGGCGCUAAUCUCGAGGGCAGCAACAUGGCAGGCAUCAAUCUUCGGGUCGCAACCCUCAAGAACGCGAAACUAAGGAACUGCGAUCUCAGAGCUGCGGUUCUCGCUGGCGCUGAUCUUGAGUUUUGUGACUUCUCUGGAUCCGAUCUCAACGAGGCGAAUCUUCGCGGUGCAAACUUGAAGGAAGCUACGUUCGAUUUUAUGCUGACGCCACUUCAUAUGUCUCAAACCGUACGGUAAUAAUUAUUGAACGGCGUGUAUAAUUAUGUUAUCCAACGUAAUCCGUGAUAUGAAUUUGUUGC